AUGGUUCAGCAGCAAAGUCAGACAAGUAGCAACGACCUUUAUAACCAUAAUGGCCAUACGUCUACGAUAAAAGACUUGCAAGCGGAUAGGACUUCUUCGGGGUUUUCACAUAAUUCAUAUAAACAAAGAAACGGUCCGAUAAGUACGAAUAACGGCAUAUAUGUUCAAAGCAUACAACUUCGUCACCGUUUCAUAAGUAAUAGUCAGUUGCGAGAGCAGGACUCUUAUACCAUUGCAGACAAUGUUUCUCAAACUAAUGAAGAGGACCAUCAACACAACUCCGCUAUGGCAAGUGAAUUCAAUGCCAAAAUAUCGACGACUCAGGAAGUUCAAUGCCACAACCAGAAUAUAAUUCCUAAAACACUUCCUCUCCGUAGUGAAAAAAGUCUUUCUGAAGCAAUAUACUCGUUAUAUGAGGAAUUACUUCCUACAAAUGAAAGUCAUGAACGAAGAAAGCAAUUUAUCGAUAAAAUAGAGAGAAUAUUAAACGAAGAGUGGCCUGAUCACGAGAUAAAAGUCAAUUUGUUCGGAUCAUCCGUGAACUCACUUGGAACAUCAACAUCCGAUGUAGAUAUAUGCGUUACAACUCCGUGGAAUGGAUUGAAAAAUAUAAAUAUAUUAGCUAGAGGGAUGAAAAAACAUGGAAUGCAAGGAAUUUACUGCGUUCCAAAAGCUAAAGUACCUAUUGUUAGACUUUGGGAUCCUACUUUGUAUGUAAUUAUGCGUGUUAAUACUUAUGUAGAUAUUGAUUCGAGAGUUCGUCCAUUGGCAAUGAUGAUAAAACAUUGGGCACGACAAAGAGUUUUGAAUGAUGCUGCCAAAGGUGGUACUCUGUCUACAUAUACUUGGACGUGCAUGAUUUUGAAUUUCCUACAAAUGCGUGAUCCACCAAUAUUACCAGUGCUUCAUAAAAUCCCUCACGAGCCUAAUAUAGUUCAUGGAGUUGAUGUGUCAUUUUACGAAGAUAUCGAAAAAUUGGAAGGAUUUGGCAACAGUAAUAAGAAUAAUGAAUCGGUUGGUGGUCUAUUAUUUGCAUUUUUCCGAUGUUUUGCUUAUGAAUUUGAUUACGAACAUAACGUAAUAUCUCUUCGGGAAGGUAGGUACCUUACUAAAGAAGAAAAAGGAUGGGGCGAGACUGGUAAAGGCUGGAGACUUUUAUGCGUAGAAGAACCUUUCAACACAUCAAGGAAUCUUGGUAACAGUGCCGAUGACGUCAGUGUUAAUGGACUAAAAGAAGAAUUCCGUAGAGCAGUCAAAAUCCUUUAUGAAAAAGAAGGCAAAGAAAGUCUGCUGUCAUGUUGUGAACGAUAUAUAUUUCCAAAUAAUUUCAAUAAUAAUAGGAUGGUCGGAUAUUACAACAGACAAGGUGGAAAAAGAUCUGCAUAUUACAAAUACCAUCAAAAUGGCCGUGUGAAUGGAUACUACAAACAACGAGAUGGUAGAAUAGUGAGUGAUAAUAAUGAUUCUCGAGAAAAGGAUGAGUCAUAUAAGAAUGAUGAUGAAAACUCAUAUCAGAGAUCAAUCAACUCCAAAUAUUAUCCGAAUUCGAAGACUGGUAAUAUAUUCGUACCGCCUCAUAACUAUGACCAUUACAAUCAAAAUUUUAUCACUGAUCCGAAACAAGAUUCUGUGUCCGAUGUUAAUUGGAUGCGCUCCAAUUAUAAAAUGUAUCCAUCUGAAGCGAUUCAGAUACCGAAUUCUUCUGGGAACAGAAGACAAUCUUCAGAAUUGAGUGAAUCACCUAUUAAUACACAAAAGUCUGGUGACGAAUCAAAUAGGAUACCGACUUAUGCAUCAGCGCAUAAGCCUACAAUGCCAUUGAACAAUAAGCUUAUCUGUACAUCGAGUCAAAAGCAUAUCGGUCAACCUAAUCAGAAAUCUUUUAAUAUACAGAGUAAAUCUAUGGUCGGGACAAACCGGAAUCCUGACCAUGAAUCAGGAAAAAAGUUUCCACAUGUUCCAGAUCACAAACCCGUUAGAGAGAUGAAAUCAAAUUUCAAUCACUUAUCUAACGUAAAUUCAGUUCAUGAUCCUGACAAACAAUCCAGCCCAAAUCUCGGUUGUCAAACGACUCAAGCUUCGAAUAUCAGACCUGGUCAAACAUACAACAAAUCUGCAAAUUUGCAUACGAAGCCAUCUUGCCAUUCAUCGAGGCCUAACGAGGAGUCUAAUUAUAAAUCUUAUGCAUACGGUGGGUGUGGUGAGAAUAAUACACUCUUUAAGAAUUAUCAAAAUUUAACACCACCCAAAAUCAACGGAGGUCAUGUCCAGCUAACAAUGCAAAUGUUUGACAAAAAACCGAUACAUCCAGUCGCAGCCGCUUAUAUACCUCCGAAUAACAUGUCGAUUUACUCGUCACAACAUGCUCAGAAUCAUAACUCGCAAUCACACGAAAAUUUUCCAUUUCCAAGACGCCUGUCACAUCAAUCAUCAUCCGACGGUUCGAAUAGUCAUACUAGUGUUAACAGUAGCAACACAAGUUAUAGUAGUAAUGGCUAUCAACAGAAUGUCAAUUCAAACAAACCUAGGGACAAUUAUUAUUCCAACAAUCAUCAGCAUAAUGGUUCAAACUUUGGCAAAAAGAAGCGACAUUAUAAUAAUAAUUCUGGUAACGUCGAUAAUUGCAAUGGACAAAAUUUUCAAGGUCGUAAUUUAUCUAACGAGCCAAAUUCAGUUCCUACAUCCGUGAACUCAGUUAGAAGUCAAUCCGUCACCAGCACGCAUAAUGAAAGUAUGGUAUCAAAUUAUUCAACUUCGCCAAAGUUAAAUCAUCAUCAUACAAUGCCCAAAGGGUCCAAUGAUAGUAUGAGCUAUAGUGCCAAUGGAUUUAAAACUUAUAAUGGAGUUAACAACAACAAUUCGACUUAUAUUUCAGUUACGCCCCGUAACAAUGUUCAUGUCAUGAAGGCGACGAAUGGUGGUAAUCACAAUGGCUAUUUUAAUGGCUAUAGGGAUAUAAAGUAUGAUGUGAACAACGAAAGUCUCUCUAGCGGGCAAAAAACGAUGAACCACAGCCAUCACUCAAAUUAUUUAAAGACUUCAACUAAUGGACAUUCAAAUAAUGGCAAUUAUUCCAACGGAACGAAGUCGACAAAUGGUUACCAGAAUAAUCAUUAUGCUAAUGGUUCAAAGGCAAUGAAUGGUGGCAAUCAGACUAAUGGAAAUUACACGCAUGAAUCAAAAGUUACAAAUAGUAGUUAUCCGAACAAUGAGAGCUGUCCUAUUAGACCACUUUCCAUUAAUAAUGGAUCUCACUUUGGAAACAACAAUAGUAAUUAUUCAGAGGUUCUAAAAAUGUCCAAUGGUAGUGCUAACAAUAAUAAUUAUGCCAACAUUGUAAAGUCUAUGAAUGGCGGUAGUCAGAACUCUGUUAAAUACAGCAAUAAUAAUUACUCCAACAAUGGAUCUCGAUCUAUAAGUUACGACAAUACCAUAUGCAACAUGAAUUAUGUAAGGGAUGCCAAUAAUUCUGUGCAUAAAACUUUUGAUGGAAAUAGUUUUAAUGCGUCAAAGACCGCUAAUAAUUCCAACAUGCCUAAGACCAUGAAUAUUGGUUCUAACAAUUCCAACAGUCAACGAAAUAAUGUCCAGUAUCAUGAUAAUGCGAUUGUGCAACAUCAAGUUCCCAUAAUAAUAUCACAACAGCAGGAGACUGGAUCAAAACAAAAAAAUAGUCCUGCACGUCUAAAAGGUGGUAAAAGUAGUUCCCGAAAAUCGAAUGGCAACUACCAGAACAAUAAACCGAAUUGUGUAAACGGCGGUAACUUUGUCGUUAGCCCUAGUCGGUAA